UGUGAGCAGCCCCCAAGAACUAUGCCAACUUCUCACACCGCAAGAAAAAGACCAACAGCUGCUCUGCCCUUCUUCCCUGAUACAGUUAAAUGCAAAUCCUGCUUCACAGUCAUACUCCUGCUAUCGCCCUGCAUGCACAGCUGACACGCCACCUACUGCAAACCCGAGCCGACAGUCGGAGCAAUGCUCGCAGCGUUUCCAUUCCAGCACCGCGCUGGAGCUCUAGAGAGGGGCUUUUUCCCAAAUUAAAACCAACCAACCAACCAGCCACCAAGCCAGAAUCGACCUCUCCGCCAGCUGACAAGCACAAAGCAAGCUAGCUGGCCUCUCCUUCUAGGCUUUGAUGAUGGAGAAAAAAAUAAGCAGAAGGGAAAACGAAUGCGACGAAAAACAGAGCAACUCCGACGGCCCCGAGCAAGACAAGGACUACAAAACAACCCUGGUUACUCUGAACGUUGGUGGCUACCUGUACAUCACACAGAAACAGACACUCACCAAGUACCCAGAUUCCUUUCUGGAAGGGAUCAUAAAUGGCAAAAUAAUGUGCCCAUGUGAUGCAGACGGUCAUUACUUCAUAGACAGAGACGGACUCCUGUUCAGACACAUUCUCAACUUCCUGCGAAAUGGAGAACUUCUUCUACCAGAAGGGUUUCGAGAAAAUCAACUUCUGGCCCAAGAAGCAGAUUUUUUCCAGCUCAAGGUGCUCUCAGAUGCAGUGAAAUCAAGGUGGGAGAAGGAGCAGCUGGCGUCUCGAGAGACCACUUUCCUGGAGAUAACCGACAGCCACGACCGCUCCCAAGGACUUAGAAUCUUUUGUAACGCGCCCGAUUUCAUCGCCAAAAUAAAAGCCAGGAUUGUGCUGGUGUCCAAAAGCAGGCUGGAUGGAUUUCCAGAGGAGUUUUCUGUGUCCUCAAAUAUUAUCCAGUUCAAGUACUUCAUAAAGUCUGAAAACGGCACCCGGCUGGUCCUGAAGGAGGACAACACCUUUGUCUGCACCCUGGAAACUCUGAAGUUUGAGGCUAUCAUGACGGCUCUAAAGUGUGGGUUUAGGCUGCUGACCAGCCUGGAUUGCUCAAAGGGGUCGAUUGUUCACAGUGAUGCGCUGCAUUUUAUCAAGUAAUCACAGGAAGGCAGAGGAAAUGAGCAUGCAGCCAGUAAGCCUUGACCUGCAGCCUCCUGGCACCACGUUACCUAAACUAGCCUUGUACCACCGAGCCCGGCUGCCAACCGACUGAUGUGAGCUAAUGGUAUGUAAAUCUCAUCAUCACAUCCAGCUCUGGCUUACCUUAAGCUGAAUAGGAACAAAAUUCUAUUGCCUGAAUUGAAUCAC